UUGUUGUUUUGUUUUUUUGGUUUAAUGGGGGCUGGGGAACUGACCCAUGAGCACAAGUUCCUGUAUCUUGGUUUUCCAAUCUUUGAGGGAGUAGCACAGCACAGAUGUAGAUGCACACAGACACCAAUUCCAUUUUAUUAACAGCUGGAGCAAGCCAUACAGGUUACGUAUAUUGUGCUGCAUUCAUCUGAUGGAGCUAUAUAUUGGAAUAUAGAGAAGAGAGAAGACUAAAGAUGAUGAACAUGAUUCUAUUCUAUAAAUACUUUCCAAUCUGGCCUCCAUCUGUCAUCACAUACACACUGUGAAAACAAUCUCGUUGAAAAUGUGAUUCAUGACUACAGUGAUCUUUGUCAGAACGUCGCUUCAUUGGAGCGCUUGGGCAGAUUGAACAGCAGCACUUGGAAGCUCACACACUUGCACUCUGAGAUGGCUUCAGAGUCUUACUGUCAUGGGACCAGCACUACCUUUGAAAUGAACAAGAGGGAUAUCCUGUUAUUUGCCAAGGCAUCAUGGACUCACCUGGAUGAAGAUUCUGUGACUCCAACAGUAGUAGACAACUCUCUUCCUCUUUCACAGCUUGAAGAUUCUAAAGAAGAAAAUAUUCGCCACUGGCUGGAUUCUGGGUUCUUCUUAUCUACAAGUGAAGAUUUACAACAAGGCAGAGAAAAAGCAGUUUCCUUGGCUAACCCAGGAAUGGUGCAAAUGACUGUGCAAAGCUAUAUGAGAUCUCUGCAUCAGUUUUCAGAAACUCCUGUUAUGUCAAGAUGGAACAGUUUCAACUCGUCCCAUUCUCUUGCUAGUGCACCGAAAAGCAUCACUGAAUGGUUGGAGCUCUGGGAAAAGGAUCCAGUUGAGAUUCUGCUGGAUCUGGGGUUUGGAACAGAAGAACCUGACAUUUGCACUAAAAUCCCCUCUCGAUUCAUUAGUAAUGCUUCCGUAGCAAAAGGAAUCAACAUCCGAGUCUUUCUGGAAGCUCAAAAGCAGCGUAUGGACAUUGAGAAUCCCAAUUUAUAUGGACGUUUUCGACAACUGAAAGUCUUGGAUCAUGUGACUAGUGCCUUCUCCUCUUUGCUGAAUGGUAUUAACACCCAGCAACAGAAAUCAGAGGAGAGUAAUGGGGAAGAAAAGAGCAUGACGGACAUUGAGAGGGACAAAGUUGAGGCCACACGAACCAAGCGGAGAAGGCUAGGACAUCUUCUGAGAAAAGCUUCUAGACAGGCAACAAUACUGCAAAGGAGUGCUCAGGCUUCUGGGAAUUCAGAUUCAUUCAAGGAUAGAGAAGAACAGUCUCCCACCUAUGCUGAGAUGGACCGGCGCACAGCAAUCAGGACAGGUUUUUCUGAAAAUACUACCUUGGUGGGUCUGACAGAGGAACAAUCUUCCACUGAGGAUGAUGCACUGACAUUAUCACAGGCUCCAACAGGGAAAUCUCAGGUUUAUUCAUAUAUACCUAUCAAAGACAGACCAAGGAAGGAGUCCAAUUUGCUCUUGACCCACAUGCUCAGAAGGGUGUCUGGUCUAAAGGGCAAGCGUCCAGAUUCAUUUGAAAUGGAAGAGAUCCAGAGCUUUGAGGAUGAAACUCCAGGGGGAAACCUUCAUGACAGCACUUCAGAAGUGCUGGUGACAAGAACAAACAGCUGCCAGUCUGACAGCAGUGGAUUUUUGGAGGAACCACCGGAGCCCUUACCUUUACAAAAUUCACCUUUUCCAGGACACCUGAACCUUAACUGUGAUGCCCAUGACCAAAAAGUAGCUCUGCCACAUAGAAUAGCUCUCGCUGUGUCACACCAGGAUUUUCAUCAAAAGCCAAAGGGCCCUGUUGCUAACACCUCCACUGCAGAUUGCAAGAACAUUCCAAGGGUGUCUAGUCCAGACAGAGACCACAAGGAUCAGAGGGAAGAGACCGCCCUCUCACUAACUGUGGAAGAUGGUCUACAUCAAGUCUUCAGUGAUCAAUCAGAAGGGGUUGUCAAAGAAAUGGUGUACGAUGCAAAUAAGCAAGAGAUUAAAAUUGGAAGAGAGCAACAGCAAACUCCAUGUUUUCAGGAUGGUAAUCAGGAAGUGGGAGAUACUGUCACCCCAGAACCUAACUGUCAUUUAUACUUCAGCUUAGUACCCAAAACUCAAGCUCCAUCUCACACUGAAGAGAAUGGCACGCCUCCCAUUGACUUCACUGGCAGUGGAGGCUGUGCCAGACAAGAGGCAAGAGAGGGACCUUUGACUGAGGAGGAUGCUGGGAAAGUACUUAAGGAAAAUAUCCAGGAAGGUAUUACAGAACAUGUAAAAGGAAAGCAAUGUGAUAAGGAGAUUAUCAGUAAAGUUGAUACCCUGGUUCCAGACACCAAGGCCACAAAUGGUCAGCAGUUUUGCAAACCAGAGACUGAUAUAUACAAUAUAAGCUGCUCUUGUGAAACACGGACACCAGAGACCCAAUGGCAGGUCUCACAAGUACAAAACAAAAACAAGGUUAUUUCAAGCAGUUCUUUACAAGUGGCUAAUUUUUCUGCUUACUGCAGAUCUGAAUUUAGUUCCCAGGAAAGCACAGAGACUUGCUGUUUGGGUAAAAUAUCAGAAGCCACCAAAUUGGAGAAGAAUGAUUCUGUCCAAAAUGCUGAAAUACACCCUAAUCCCUCUAAGUCUGUUACUGUUCAGAUGUCUUCAAGGCUGGUGUCUACUGUGCAAAAAGCUUCCUUGAGUGAAGCCCUCGGCAAAGGCCAGUCUUUAGAAAUUAAAUCCAUAGGGUCCCAGUGCUCUGAGGGUGAGCCAAGAAUUACUUCAGAACUGGGUAUUUUGAAGGAAAGUCUAAAGAAGACAAGAGAAGCUUCAAUUCAAACUGACACAAUUGGAAUAAAAACAAGAAAUCAGUGGCCUGACCCAAAUCUUCUCCCUCCAUUCUGUAGACAUGGUCAUCUCACAAAAUCAGUCUCCCUAGACACUGGGCUUUCUGGGAAAUACAGAUCAUCCUACCAUGAAACACUGGGUGCCCAGUCUGCCCAGUGCGGUCACAGCUGUCAUUGUGUUUGCUGCCAUCAUUGCUGCUUUCAGUGGGCCUUUCCCUUCACUGCUUCCUCCAAACAUCUUGGGGCCUGUUGUUCAAAUCACAGCACCAUAGAGUUACAGCUUUUGAAAACACUAGAGCUACUGCAGGAUACAACAGUGAGGAGUAUUUCUCCAUGCACAAUCCAUGAAAUAGAAGCUAUGAAGAGUUCGUGCCAGAGUUUCCGGGAGAAACUAGAUGAGAUUGAGCAACACCUGAUAGAGCAACAAGAUCUUUUUUCCAGUGCUAUGUCAGAUGAAGGAAGGGAAAAAAAAAGACAACUGCAGGUCUUACGUCAAGCUGUUCGUCGUGAGCUUUCUGAACUGGAAUUCCAGCUGAAUGAUCGAUCUCGCCAGGCUAGGGAGGGAAUUCUGAUGCAGCUGGACCAAUUACUAGGAGAACAAUCCCAUCUGUUUUCAGAGCUUGGACUCCCUGACUGGAGGGAAGAAAGAAAUGCCCAGAAUAAACAAGUUGUUCCAGAUGCCGCUGACACUAUGCAUCCUAGAGCUGGGUGCUCAGAAACGGUAGUUCCAAGGCGCCUGAGCAGAAGUGAAACAUUCCCAUCAACUCCAUCAGCCUCAGUGCCGGGAACACCAGAGAUACAGUUUCCUGCUAUGGCAACAGCGGAGCUAGACCCACAGGAACUCCCCACCAGUAAAAAGGAAAUAAAAGGUCCUCCCCAGCCAAAAAUUGACUUUAAGACUUUUCUACAGAGUGUAAGAAUUCAUUUUAUUCUGCUUGCUUGCAUAUUCCGAUGUCAGAACAUGGUGACACGAGAUUACUAUUGCUUUUAUUAGAGUAGUGGCUAGAGGCCCAACCAAGUGCCCCUUUGUGCUAGGUGUUAUACAUACCCUUACCAAGCUAUAGUUUCUGCUCUGAAUAGCUUAUAAUCUAAGUAGACAGAGCAGACAAAGGGUGGGGUAGCAUUCUCAAAGUUAACUGCAGCGCUUACUCAUGGUAAUGAGGGCCGUAUUAUUAUGUGGCUGGUGGUAUCAGCAAUGCCUUGUCCGUCUAGAACUCUGAAUGUGAUUGGUUGAGAUCUAUACCAAACUGUGUGAAAUUAACCAGUAGCAUUAGCCUGCAAAACAACUUGAAUUAGUUUACAUGGACAGCAAAGGUAAUGAAUUUAGGUAUCAGAGGGAUAGCCGUGUUAGUCUGUAUCCACAAAAACAAUGAGGAGUCUGGUGGCAACUUAAAGACUAACAAAUUUCUUUGGGCAUAAGCACCAUGAUGCAUCUGAAGAAGUGGUUUUUUUACCUACGAAAGCUUAUGCCUAAGUAAAUUAGUGAAUUUAGGGUUUCACCGGUUUUGUGUAAAAGUGAAAAUGCUCACCUUUUUUGAUUGAUCUGCUUUUACAGUUUCACCAUCAAUAAGAAACAGAUUUUUUUCUUUAUUGUUCAAUAUACAAAAGCUUAGUAAAAUAGAUUAACUAGAAAGUGGUCUAGCUAAAGAGUCAGAUGGGUAAUGGUCAUGGUCUUUCACUUUUCCACUUAAGAGUAUGGACCCAAAUCUUUAGGGCUGGACCCUCUCUUAAGCAAAUAGCUAGAGCCAGAUUUCUACACUACCUCCAUGUAAGCCUCCAUAAAAUCAGUGGAUUUCAUUCUUCUCACUUUUAGGGUCACCAAGUGUCCAGUUUUCGACCGGAAUGUCUGGUCAGAAAGGGACCCUGGUGGCUCUGGUCAGCACCACAGACUGGACCAUUAAAAGUUCAGUUGGCAGGCUCCCUAUCUGGCUCCGCAUGAUUCCUAGAAGCGGUGACGUGUCCCUCUGGCUCCAAAGCGCAGAGGCAGCCAGGGAGGCUCCAUGCACUGCCCCUACCCUAUGUGCCAGCUCCUCAGCUCCCAUUGGCUGGGAACUGCAGCCAAUGGGAGCUGCAGGGGUGGUGCCAGUGCACGGUGGUCGCAUGCACCCCUCCUCCAUCCCAAGCCCCUCAUCCUCACCCCAGACUCCACACCCCCAGCUGGAGACCUCACCCCCUCACAUACACUCCAAUCCCCUGUCCCAGCCCAGAGCCUUCCCACACCCCAAACCCCUCAUUCCCAGCUCCACCCCAGUGCCUGCACCCCCCAGCCAGAGACCUCACCCCCUACACCCCAUUCCCCUUCCCCAGCCUGGAGCCCUGUCCCCUGCACCCUGAACCCCUCAUUUCUGGCCCCACCCAGAGCCUACACCACCAACCAGAGCUUUC